AUUUCGCUCUGGUGCUGUACAAUAACAAUCUGUGGACUGUAUCACAGUCAGAGCGUCAUUCAUAGGAGUUCUAGACGCGUUGGGGCCACCUGGUUCACGCACAGAAGCGAUGUAUCUCCAGAGGAGCAGCAAGAUGCUCGCCACCAAGCUAUGGACGUCGCAUUGAUGUUUGGUUUAUCAUUCCAGAGGAUAUAUGGAUGGCUCCCGCCCGCUGUUCCCGAACUUGAAGGACUCUCAAUUAGACUUACUUGUCUUCGAGGAACUGAUUCGAGAUAUGAAGGC